CUGAAAGAUAAAAUAAUUAACAGCAGUCACUUUUUCUUCAUUCAGGACCACUACAAAAUGAAUGGUCUCUUGUAACACAGUGUGUCGCAAUGCAUUUAAAUUGUGUUGCAGUGCAUGUGUUACUGCAAUGCAACCUGGUCGUGGGGUGGGUGACCAGGGGCGGACUGAUCAUUUGGAAACUCGGGCACUGCCCAAGGGCCCGGGGUCAGUAGGGGGCCCCAUGAGAUGCCCCUGGUACCUUUUUCAUAGGCUUUUUUGAGUUUGGGCAAGGACACAGGGGUCCCAUGAUCCCCUAUUGCCCAGGGGCCCCAUGAGUUGUCAGUCCUCCCCUG